GGCGAGGAAAUUAUUUGCGUUGUCAAGGCCAAAACAAAUAAUUUUGAACAUGGGUUCACACAGAACCUUGUUCAAUUGCAAAGUGCAUGCGAGGCCGAAUCAAUUAGAAUAAACUUACAACAAUUGAGGAAAAUCGUAAUUUCUAUGCUCGCAAAAAAUCAACUUAAGCACCUCUCAUUAGAUCAAGGGAUGCCUGAUCCGGGGUAG